UAUUUGCUGUUUGUUUGUUCAAAGGGGCGUCGGUGCUGCCACGAUGUUUUCCUUUCUUCUUCUGAAACUUCAUUAUCCCCAGCAGCCGCGCGCGUCUCAGGGGUUAAUUUAGCGCGGUGUGGAGGGGGGCGCGCGUCAAGGCGCACACAGUGAAGUGCUUGUCCUGAUCGGCUCCGGCAGAGCAGAGGCGAUGCCCUUUUGUGGAGAGGUUGUCUUGUCACAGAGGACACACGGCAUUUACAGUCGGGAAACAAAGAAGAACUGAUUUUUCUCCCUUUUAAAGGGCUCCAUUCUCCUCGUGCCGCCGCUGGGUGUUGACUGUGGGUGUUUGUGAGGAUCUUUGUUGUCAGAAAAAGUAGAGAAGCAAGCAGCAGCAGCUCCGGGAACAAGUUGAAGGAGUAGCUGAGGGGAUACUCCAGUGCAGUCACUGCUGCUGUCAGUCUCUUCACCUCAGUCGGCUUCUUGUUUUUGGAUGGAGAGUUGUUUUGCGCGUCGCUUUUACGCACAGAUCGAACGAGUGGAGACGUCAUUAAAACGGUUAAAAUGAACUUUCUGUCAGCGGCUUCUGUUGGGUAGAGGUCUGAACUCUGUCACUUCAGCUUCAACAAGAACAAGUGAACUUGCAGCUACCUGCCUAAAACAUGCCCAAUGAUAAAUACGCGAACAUGGAGGAAAAACUUUGGAUACUGGAGGACCUUAACAUGAUGUACAUCCGUCAGAUUGCGCUCAGUUUGCAGGACAGUGACAUUCAGAAGAAGAUAGACCACGAGAUCCGGAUGCGAGACGGCGCCUGCAAGCUGCUGGCUGCCUGCUCGCAGCGAGAGCAGGCUCUGGAGGCGGCGAAGAGCCUGCAGACGUGCAGCACUCGCAUCAUGGCCUACAUGUCAGAGCUGCAGAGGAUGAAGGAGGCGCAGGUGAUGCAGAGCGUCCCGCGCAGGUCGUCGGACGCGGGGCCGAUGGAAGAGCGACUCCCGUGCAAAGGAAAAGUGGCCAUCUCGGAGCUUCAUCGGUGUGCUGUGUUCUGCCUGCUGCAGCUGGGAGGAGAAAUCUUCGACACAGACAUGGUGAUAGUGGACCGAACACUCACAGACAUUUGCUUCGACAACACCAUUGUAUUUAACAAGGCCGGCCCAGGUUUUGAGCUCCGGGUCGAGCUGUACAGCUGCUGCUCAGAAGAUGACUACUCUGCAGGAAGCACGCCGAGGAAACUGGCCAGCAAGCUGAGCUCCUCACUGGGGCGAUCAGCCGGGAAGAAGCUGAAAGCAGCCAUGGAGCCCGGACCGUGUAGUCCUGUGAGCAACGGAGGGGCUUCUCCUCUCCUGCUGCCUGUCCCCUCUGUACCCAGUGUGGAGGUGACCCUCAGAGUUGGACAAAAGUGUACGCUGAUCUCAAGGGGACGAGCCUUUUCUGCUACCAUCGGCAAGAGGAUGUGGAUGCCAAUGUAGAGCUAGCUUUUACCAUUGGCAUCAACAAAGAGACCAGAAUACGUGCAUCAGAGAAAGACCCUCAGAGUAAAGUUCAGCAGAUCUGCGUCAGUAACCAGUACGGCGGGGAGGAGGUCACACACAUUCUGAGCGCAGAAAGCCGAGAGGACACACACCGCUGGAUGGAAGCUUUUUGGCAGCAUUUCUACGAUAUGAGUCAGUGGAAGCAAUGCUGUGAUAAUCUGAUGAAAAUUGAACUCCCAUCGCCAAGAAAACCCGCUCCUAUUACACCAAAACAGGGAUCUCUUUACCAUGAAAUGGUUAUUGAAUCGUCUGAUGACCUGAGCUGCACCGUGUCAGACAUCUUGGCUCGGAGGAUGCAGGAGCUGGAGCUCCGCAGCCAGCUGGGCAUGUCUCCCACCUGGAUGUCUAUGUUUGAGGAGAACAAUACAAAACCCGCUGCCUUCCCUCGUCAGUGUCCGUCUCGCCUGUCAGGCCACAGCCCCUGCAGUCCUCAUCGCCCUCCUCGAAGCCCCGCGAGCCCCCCUCGCUGCCCGCGCCUGGGCCUGCUGUCCUCAGACGCCAGCCUGACUUCAGACAGCGACAGCCACUGCAGCACCAGCCCCUGCUCUCACCACCGAGGCUGGCCCGAUCCUUCGUCAAACUUGUCUCUCGUGUCGACUUCCCCCUUCGGUCUGAGGCCGCGCACGCUUUCAUUGGACGCGAAACUCAGCACCCUUCGAGGGAGGGGGUACGGCGGCGGAGGAGGAGGAGCGGCCUUCCAGUGCCCCUGUCAGCCUCCUUCCUCCUCGCUGCUCGCUCCUUUACCCAUUUCCUCCCGUUCGCCUCGGUCACAGCGCGGCAUGCAGACGACGCUUUCCUGCUCCAGCUCCACCUCCAGCAACAGCUCCAGCAACAGCGAGGGCAGCCACAGCCCCGAGUCUUCAGAGGGAGUCCUCUUCUCUAGGCCCUCGCCAGCUCGACGCAGCCUAAGAAACCUCAGGGCCAGACUUGAUCCUCGCAACUGGCUCCAAAGUCAGGUGUGAACUCAUUCCCUGACUGGCUUUUAACAUGUUUGCUUAAAGGCAGUAGUAUUUGUCAAACUGUGCUCAACUGGUUUAACAUGUGGACUAAACAUCUACCUACCCCUGAAGAGAUCAUACCGUUUAACAAUGGAUGAGUUACUGAAGCCCCUCAGAGGUCAAACUGGAAUAUUUUGUUCUCCAGAAAGAUGGUGACAAUCACUGCAGGAGUUGCUGGGGGUUCCACAGAUUUCAAAAACGGGAGAUACGUCGUUUUUUUUUCUUUCAGAAAUGUUGGUCGUGUUUGCUGGGAGUAAUUAAAUAACAGCUGGCAUUGUUUCUACUCUUUCACUCUGUAAAGUAAAUUUAAAACUGCAAACUUUGCCCUCAGAUGUAUCCUGUACCAUCCACCUAUACAGUACUUCCAGGUCAUCGCACCUGCCUUUUUUUUGUCUUGACAGGAUGUAACUUAAUAUAUGUUAAAAGGAUUUGACCAAAAGUUUUCGAGUGUGAUACUUUAACACUUUGAAAGAAGAGAAGGGGUUAAUGUUUGUUGCCUGUACUGUGAUAACUUACCUUAGUGUACUGACCUAAUUAUCCACACACCAGAUGACUGGUGGGAGUCUUCUAAAAGAAACUAUGCACAAUUUUUCCAUUUUUUUUAUCGUUAUGCAUGAUUGGACUUAACAGUAAAAUGUUUAUCUGAAAUUUUACCUGAAAUAGUUCCAACAGUGAAUCAGGAGGAAGUUUUACCUUUUGCAAGUGCACAUAUUCACUCUACUGGUUCUGACUGUGAUCUUUUCAGCAUUCGUUGAGGCUUCCUUCAGAGAAAAUAAAUUAAUAAAGAAAUACAGAACUGGUUUCGUACCAAAGUUGAAGUAUUAAUGAAAACUUAAGCCAUAGUUAAAACCAAGCCAUGCAGCAGUGCUGUAGGUUUUAUGUGUAGUGACUCCUGUCCUUCAGCUCACCUUAAAAACAAAAAAGUGAUCAUUUAAAGCUCCCACUGCAGUUUGGAAAUGUUCACUUCUCACACUGUUGCAUAAUUCAAGUUUGCUGCAUCAAAAUUUUUCCAAAACAAAGAUUUUUACCAAUUGUGGAUUGGCAAAGCCACUUUUUUUUUUUUUUACCUAUAUCCUUCCUGUUUCUGUUGAGCGUUGUGGAUUUUGGAAGCUGUUGCUGUCCCAGAACCGAGAACUUCGGCAAAAAUAUUUACUAUGAUUUGUCAGAUGUUUGAAAAAUAGCAUUUGUUACUGUAAAUUAUUAUUAUUAUUUUUUUCUAAGUUAACAGAUGGACCUCACUUUGUCUUUUCUUACAAAGCUAUUUUUUUUUUAAAUGCAGGUGUAUAUAUGUGGGAUUAUUCUAUGAUUAACAGAUAAGUUGCAGAUCUAAAACUGUUAGGCAUAAAUAACACUGUUACAAGUCUACAUUGUUGGCAGGCUUUGUGUUUGGCAUGAACUUCAUCCUGAAGAUGGAAUUUAAAGUAAGAUUUCUCGUUUAAAUAAUAUAACGUUAAUUAUAAUAAAUGUUUUAUCAAUUUA